GAAAGGAUGGUAGUUCGGUAAAGAAGAAGAAGAGGAAUGAAGACCAGACGCGAGGAGCAUAUGCACGUGUUUGGUUUGGUCCCCUCGUGCUAUGUCUUUAGAAGAUAAUUGUUUUGAUUCUCUGCCUCCAAAAUCUUCUAAUUAUCUAGAAAAAAUUAGAGAGAGUCCCAACUGGCCAAGCCAAGACAGUCAAGGUAGUGACAGUUGUCAGAACCUUAUAUUAACUGUGCCACAAUACACAGGGUAUAUAGGAAUGGAGAAACCAACAACGCUGGUCAAUAAAACGCCGGUAUCACAAUUAGGUAGUUGGAAUCCAAUGAAAGAUGAAUUCAAUGACGAAAGCUUUAAUAGCUAUGAGACUGGCCUUUCAGGAAACAUGAGCGCCAAGAAGGGUAACCAAGAAUUUGAAAGAGGUAUCCGACAACAAGGAUUUCAGUUUUAUGUUUCUGGAAUCCCGAUGCAGAUGACCCAGGAGGGACUGAAAAACCUGUUUUCGAGAGCAGGAAAGGUGGUGUCUUGCAAAAUCUGUAAAUCUGAUCGACCAGAUUCAGAUUCCACGUACGGUUUUGUGGGAAUGUCGACUGUUAGUGAACUAAGUAAAGCACACACUCUGUUGAAUAAUUACGAGAUUGGAAAGACUACUCUCAGGCUGAGGGUCGCCAAAGGCACAGAGAAGUAUCUACAGGAGAAAGAUGAACUUCAGGACAACACAUUUCACUAUAGUGGUGGUGAAUCACAGAGCAGCACUCGAAGCCCUCGCACGAUGGACAACCGGUAUGGCAGCCGAGAGAGAUCUUCCAGCGAAGACACUGACCGUCUUGGACUCCCUCAGACUGUAAACAAACAUAGUGAAGAAACUGUCACGAAGAAAAUAUACUCUUUCAAGAGUCUUGAUGCCAUGCUUAUCCAGAUUUGUGUCGAGAAAGACCGCCGUGUACCUUUAGUGACUGAUAAAACACUUGUCUUGAGAAGUGGUAGUUCACAGCUUCCGUGGAUGGUAAAUGACGUGAAGAUUACCGUUGAGAGCACUGGCCUCUGUCUUGGUGAACUGGAAGCUGAGGAUCUGAAGAAUGUGUCUGCUCAAAUCCAGAGAUCAAGACACAGCAGCUCAGAGCAGAUGCCAAAAGAAAUCCCACCAAACACUAGAGAAACUGAUCAGGCAAAAGUUGAGAGUCAAAACCAUGGCCAACAGAAUGUGAUUGCUACUGUAAAAACUGAACAGUCUGAGAAAAAGCCAUGUUCACCGUGCCUUAACUGUGGACGUCCAGGCAUGAACUGUUGCUCAGUGUGCAAGGGCAGCUAUUGCUCAAGGGUUUGUCAACAGAAACACUGGCCAUCACACAAGCUCCACUGUAAAUCCAUCAUUGCCAGAUCCAAAGAUUCUGAAGUUGUUCUCGAAACGGACAAUUAUGUGUAUUUGAAAGACAUUGUUGUAACUCAACCGGAAAAAAGUGAAUUACAGGCUAUGACCACACAUGUCGUCAGUCCAGAUGAGAUUUGGGUGCAGUUUAAACAGAGGAGCAGCAUAGAACACUUCCCCGCCAUCUGUUCCAUGACCAGUGACUACGAGAUAGAAAACACUUCAGGAUAUAAAGCAAAGGCCGCUCAGUGUAGGCUGAUGGGUAUCGAGCCAGUUGAUGGACAGUGGUCAUCUAAGACCGUUCAACUCUUGUCAGAGAUGCUGGUAAACAAACAGUGCGAAGUGAAACUAGAGGCAGCUGAAAAUGGAGUUUAUCCAGCUUGUAUCACCAGUGACCAAGGAGUUUCUGUCAGUGAAGAACUCAUCAAAGAACACUUAGUAGAAACUAAGCAAACACCAUCUGUGCAUCUCCCAUCCAUCAUUGACACGAUUCCAGCUAAUGGUGAGAGACUAGAACUGCUGAUUACCACAGUGGAGAGUGUGUCCGCUGUCUACACCACUUUAAAGGAAAAUGCUGUGUCGUUGAUGCAGCUUCAGAGGGUUCUUUUGGACCGGUACUCCAUACUUCCACCUAAUCAGUCCUACAGUCCACAGGUAGGUGAGGUGUGUGCAACUAAGUUUGUUGAUGACUGCUGGUAUCGUGGUCGAAUCUUGGCCCGAGGUGGCUCAAAAUUGAAGGUAUUAUAUGUGGACUAUGGAAACGAAGAGGACAUUCCUUUGACAGACUGCCAUCCCCUUCCAAAGGAUCUCUUAAAACUACCUCAACAAGGAAUUGUCUGUAGUUUGGCCAACUCAAGUGUAUCAUUAAUGUCCUUGAAAGAAAUGGAAGGAAAGCCCGUCAGUGUACGGGUGUUAGAAAAGUCAAAUGGCAUGCUGAGUGUUGAGUUAAUUACUGGCGACAGUCCACAAACUGGGAUUCAACAGCAUGCACGUUACCUUGAAGGACCAAUGUUGCAGGUACCAAAAUUACAAGAUACUCCUGUUAGCAGACAAGAAAGUCCAAAUCAGUUCCAGCCAAAAGCUAGUACUGCAGCAUCUCAGCAAAGAGUGAGUCCGAAUCAUCCAUCAACUUCUCAGUCAAGAAGUCCAAGAGGUAAUCAAGGAACCUUUCAACAAAGAGGGAACAAUUCCUUUAGAAAUAACCAAGGUGGCAGGACAUCCCCAGGCUUCAACAGAAAUAAUGAACAGUUUGGUAGUCAAAGUGCUGGGAAUUUCAACUCUAGAAGACCUUAUGACAACUCGCCUGCACCAAGCCCAGUCAUGGCAGCGAACUGCCAGAAGAUAUCAUUGACCAAAGAUAAAUUGGAAACUGGAAUGAUUGUAGUUGCAAAUGGACUUAGUGAUUUCUAUGUGCAGAUAAAAAACCAGGAUGUGCACCGUGCAUUGGUUCAAAUAUCAGAGCCGAUGUCUAAUGACUAUGACAGGAUUAAGGAUGUACAUUCACCGAUCGUCGGGGAGUUGUGUAUCGCCAAGUUUAAUGAUGGAUGCUGGUAUCGGGCGGAGGUCUUCGACAUUAGCAGUAGUUGUCUGAGUGUAAAGUUUGUAGAUUAUGGUAACAUUGAUCCGGUACGAGUGGAAGAUGUUCGUAAGAUCCGGGAACCAUAUUCUAAAAUUCCGAUUGUUGCUGUACCGUGUGCUCUAUCGGGUAUUGCACCAUCAAGCAGUACAAAUGAGAAGAUGUCACAACACUUUGUGAACAAGUUUCUCAACCAGCUGGUUAGACUAAGGAGUGUUGGUGUUACACCAAAGGGUGUCAAUCUUGUGGAAGUUUUUGACAAGCCAGGUUCAACCAAGCCAAUCAACGAGGAAUUUGCUGCACAAGCGCCCUCUCCAAAGAAGAAUGACCAAGCCAUUAAAUAUGAAGCACCAACAAUCAGGUACAGAGAGCUACAGAUACAGCAAACAGAAAAGGUGGCAGUUGUCUUCGUCGUCAACCCAUCAGAGUUUUAUUGUACAAGAGUUGAUGAUAUUCUUGCACUUAAGAACCUGAUGGAUAACCUUAACAUGAAGUACUCCAACAAAGGAAAGAACAUGGAUUAUAUGCCUAGGAAAGGAGACUUAUGUUGUAGUAUAUUUGAAGAUGAUCAGGGUUGGUAUAGAGCCUUAGUAUUGGAUGUCAACAACCAAAAUGUGUCAGUACAGUACGUUGACUAUGGAAACAAAGAGAACGUGAAGUUAGCUACUGUUCACCCACUUGAUGAAACACUUUUGUCUGAUCCACCUUGCCUAGCUAUUAAGUGUUGCCUAUCAGGAACUCGACCAGAUCUAGGUAGCACUUGGUCUCAAAGUUCAAUCGACAGAUUCAGUGAGUUGAACGGAAAUGGCGGAAAGUGCAUGACUGUAAAGCUCUUGUCAUGUAGAGAGGGAUGGCAUUAUGUGGAGUUGACGGAUCCUGACACCGGUGCUAUCCUUAAUAAGGUUUUCCAGAGCUCAUCUCCUCCAUCAGCUACUGCUCAUCCAGCACCCGCACAUACUGCUCUACACAAUACGCCUCUGUCGUCUCAGAGACCAUCGUAUUCACCAUCCGCAGCUGUAGAUGCUGAUUUGAGGGAGAAGUACGAACAACAGCAAAGAGAGAUUGAGCAGUUAAAAAAACAACUACUGAAUCGGUAGACAGAAGAUUUGAGAGAAUGAUUAUAAAGCUCAGCAGAGGAAGCAAUGUUGUAAGCACUGCUGCUAAGAAAAUAUUUUAUUUACUCAAAAUGUAUUUUCUUUGGUACCGCCUCCUUUCCCUGUUUUAUAUGCACUCUCUUACAAACUCUAGGAUCCACCUCUGCUCAAAGUUUAUCCAAAUGCAAAGAGUGCCUGACAUGUUGAAAGCACUCCUGAAGAAAAAAAAAUGAAUUUGUUUUUAGGAAAAAAAAUGAAUUUGUUUUACCGAGAAUGUCCACCUGUACUUGCGUUGCUAAUUCCUGGAUCCAACCUAAUCAUGGUUUAUUCUAUUCUUAAUUUCCUCCAUCUAAUUCAAACGACAUUACGGAGGCGCCCUGGGAGGGGCUCUUGAACAUUGAUCACUAUUCUCACAAAGGCAUUUUAAUUUAAUGCACCUGUUCAUUGCAGUCUUGAAAACUGCAUGAAUAAAAAUGGAUGGAAGAAAUACAUUUUUUCCUCCACGCAAGCAAUUUCGUGUAGAACUUGCUAUUUAUGCUUUUCUAUACCAUAAGGCAUAGAGAUAAUUUACAACUUUUAAUAGGGCCCUGUUUGCACUGAAAGAAACAGCUUGCCUUGGCCCUUAUGCCUUAAUCUAAACGCACAAAAUUUAUAUUGCUGGUCAAAUUUAUUUACAUUCUGGAUGUGGUUUUGGACCGGCCGAAUAAAAAGUAUAUAUUUCUUCACAAAAAUUAUGUGGGACGAUAAAUUUUUGGUUCCUACGCAUACCAUCACUAGGAAAGGAAGCUUUUGGGUGUCAUUUUCAUACCUGCAAUGUAUUUCACAGAGUUUGUAAACAAGCAAACUAGAAAACUGUUCACACGUUGGUUCUGAAUUUUGGUGUUGGGCAUGCCAAUGAUCUCAGAUUUUUAGCGAUUUCAUUUUCGAUGAAUAGCAAAACCGAAUGGCUUAUAUCAAAUAGUAUAGAACUGCAAGAGGUCCGACUCUCGUGGUUUUGUCGGAACCUAUUUUAAAAAAGUACUACCAAGUAGUAGGCCUGUCCUUUAAAAGACGAGUUUCGAGCGAACUACUUGAAUAGGGCGUCCUUAUCCUGUAGUAUGUUUCAUUAUGUGCAUAAAAAAUGAUGGCAGUUCAAUCUUAUGCAAUUCUCUACUCUGGUUAAAUUGUAUCCCCCCCUUUCCAUAUUUGGGGUCACUUGUGUAUAAUAAAACACCAUGGGAGCUUUCGAUUUACGUGACGACGCGAUGCUACAACGGGAUCACUCAUUUGUGACCAUCUUACCUGGUGUCCUACAUUCUCUGUAUACAUAGAUUUGGCCAAAUUGCAUUCCAGAAUCUGCUCAACGAGGUGACCUUAACAUUCUCGUAUGUGCAGAUGACUUUUAGUGACGUCAUUACGUUCUACGUCCUACCGCCGUCGUGCAAUCAAAAGCUCCUUAAUGUCUGCAGUACAUCACAAGUCAAAUUGCUGUAGAUGUCAAUCUCAGAACCUGAUUUGUAGUUGUAGGAUCGCUAUAAUAUAAGCAUUCUCUACUGGACCGUUCCACUGAGCCCUGCCCUUUUGGAUGUUGUUUGGAAGUGACAGCAUAAACAUGUGAACGUGUGGUUUUAAGACAUAGUAUGCAUUUGUGGUUGUAAUACCUGCUCUCUUUUGAUUGGUCAUUUGUUAAGUUUGAUUGCCUCUCCAGGGCGGUCCAUUGUUCAGCUAAUAGUAGUGGUAGUAGGCAAUAUUAAUUAUACUAGACAGUAUAUUAAAGGGCUAGCCUACACCAAGCAUAAGCUCCCGUCUUCUUUCAAAAGUUUUACCAAAAAUGUCAAACCACUGCAGUAUAUUCCAUCAUUGCAUAAAUAAAACAUUGCUUGCAUAGGAACCUCAGUCCUGACUGUGGGCGUGGUCUUGCCUUUUGUAACCAUCCAUUCAUGAUCUCAUCUGGUCAUUCUAUCACACAAGAAAUUCAUUGUGACGGGACGUUGAGAUGUAUUUAACUGACUGAUAUUGAAAAAUGUUACAAAAUCUGCAAAAUAUGCUAUUCCAUAUUACCCAUCAACUAAUUAUGGGGAUCUUUAGCAUGGCAUUAAUCUUCUGCCAAAAAUAUUGGCAUAGUCUUCGUUUAUUGGAUGGUUAUUUCCAAGCAUCUAUGUUCUCAAAAAUAUUCAUUGGAAAAUAAAAUUGACAUUAUCCUGAUAGUAAUAAGUGUGCACUGUACACAAAUAUUUAAGUAUAAAAGCAUUAAUUUCCAGUACGAAAGCAUUGUCCUCUUUUAUUGGAUGGUUAUUUCCAAGCAUCUAUGUUCUCAAAUAUAUUCACUGGAAAAUAAAAAUGACACUUUCCUGUUAGUAAUGAGUGUACACUGUACAACAACAUUUAAGUAUAAAAGCAUUAAUUCCCAGUACCAAAAGCAAGUAGUUUUACUUGGUAUUGUAUUUCUGUAUUUUUGUAAAGUUUCUGUUGAAAAUGUUAGAUUUUCAAAUGAAAAAUUUAUGUAGGCACCUAGGUUGCAGUAGUAGCAGGUGGGGGAGAUGUCCCCGACACCAUUAUAGCUGGGCGAACUUUGAUAGUAAUCACAACCUUCACAGAAGUCUGGUUGACUUUUUUUUUGUUUUAUUGAGUUCAGCAAAGUAGUGGUAUUUCAUGGAAAAUCCAAUGUAUUUUUGGUUAGAAAUAGUAACAGAAAUUUUGUGUAUAAUUAUCUUUUCUGAUUGGCAAGCCCAGCAAAUGGCUAUUUCAGUCUAAUACCAACAGCAUACCAUUGCCUCUUUCUGCUUCUAAAGACUAUGAUCAUUCAGAAUCGUAGGUGAUUUCGUUGUUGAUUGCUACUGCCAUUGGCUAGAAAUCACGUAAUUUCUUUUACUGCAGAACAAAUGUAGUUGACGUUUAUUAUUUUAUUGUUUCACAUUUUUACAUUUGUUACAAACAUCUUUUGCUUGAAAAUCGACAACUUGUGAUCCUUUAGAAAAAGUAAUUGGUUUUGUUGUUGGCUUGCAUGUUAAUUGGUUGGCAGUUGUCACAUGAUGUCUUUCCCUUUUUCCAAAUUAUAACUACUGUUACCUUCUGUGAAAUACAGUUAUACACUAAUGCAACACUUGUAUGUUGCAACAGCACUUACAUACAGCAACGGCUAUUCAUUGUUAAGAAACAACUGCAAUAGUUUAGCUAGCUUUAACAUAACUAUGUGUUCUGAAAUAGCAUCAGACGCCAUGUAAGAAUAAUACAAAUGCAUUUUCCACUUUACAUACAUUCCCUCUUGGAAUAAUGGAACAGUCGGUUUCUCAUCUUGAGAGAUGCAGCAUUUACAUUACAAGCUUUAACCUCUUUCCAUAAUGAUACUUUGGAAUAGUGUUUCUGAAGUCUGUUAUGUGUUACUGUAUUUAUCAUCAUCGUGUAUAUUUAAAAACUUGCAUCCAUAUCUUUUCUCCAUAAAGCAUAGUGGCCUAGUUGGUAAGGCUUCUGUAUAUCAAGCAUGUACUGUAACUAGAGGUUAAAUCUAGUCUGAAUUUUGUUCCUUUUACUCUUGCAUAUUUCCAUAUCUUCAACAUUAAUAAAUGUGUCUUGUUAUCGAAGUUGACAGUAGAAGCAAAAGAUGCAAAAAAAAAAAAA